AUGAAUGAAAAGCGUAAGCCAGCUUGUGUCUUGAAUGUAACUCAUCUAGAAAUUACUUAUUACUAUUCACUAUCGGAUAACAAAAUAAAAGGUAUUGUGGAUACCUUUCCAAAUAUAAUUCAUUUAGAUUUCAAAAAUAGC